CUCUUGGCCUGGUACUUUUAGCCUACAGCCUGAACAUAACACAUAGCUAAAUGGGUGUAACUGGAGCCAGCCUGCAAAUAAUUACCUCCUGCCAUCGGAGACACAGGUAUAAAGCUCAGGUUUUUACAGCUGCAAAAGCUGUUGGGUUUGUAGGACCAGUUAAGGCAUUAAAUGAAAGGUACCAGACCCAGCUCUAGGGCACCCAGUGAGAGGAGGUCCUGCCAUUCCCUCCCCAGCUGGCCAGGAUGCCAGAGGGCCCCUCGGUGAGGAAGUUCCAGCUGCUGGCCUCCCGUUUUGUGGGGCAAGUGGUGGCCAAGGUGGGGGGAAGCACUCGGAAGAUAAAUGUGAAUGAACUGAAUGCCUUGAGGCUCCAGGACUCACAGGUUCAUGGGAAGAACUUAUUCCUGGCCUUUGUGGCAGCUGGCUGUCCCUUAGGACGAAGAAGCACAGAAGAGCCAGUGCUGCAAGGAGAGGCAGCUAGUGGGACAAGUUCUCCUGCCCAGGUCUGUGCUCCACAGACACAUCCCAAAGAAGAGGAGCUGCAGGAGCUCCAGUGCUCCAGACCUGAUGCCCCAGGGGGUCCGGGCAGCUGGCUGCGCUUCCACUUCGGCUUGUUUGGCAGCGUUCGGGCAAAUGAGUUCUCAAGAGCAAACCGUGCCAAUAAGAGGGGUGACUGGAAAGACCCCAUGCCCAGACUGGUUCUGCAUUUUGAGAGUGGAGGCUUCCUUGUUUUCUACAACUGCCGAAUGCAAUGGUGCUCGUCUCCAGUGGCUGAUCCCACGUCUGACAUUCUCUCUGCUGAGUUCCACCGUGGCCAGGCGCUGGAUGCCCUCCGUGCACCAAAUCCUCUCUGCUACACCCUCUUGGACCAGCGAUAUUUUUCAGGGCUGGGGAACAUCAUUAAAAAUGAGAUCCUGUACCUGGCAAAGAUUCAUCCAUUAACACAAGGAUCUCUCUUGGCGACCUCGGAUCUAGAGCAUCUGCUUGACUGUGCCGUUCAGUUCAGCUCAGACUGGCUGCAGAGCAAGCUGCGUGGUGAAGUGCUGCGCCUUCAGAUCUAUCAGAAGGAGCAGUGUCCCCUUGGACAUGUGGUGAUGAAGGGAACCUUUGGACCCUCAGGUGGCCUUAAGAGACUCACAUGGUGGUGUCCUCAGUGCCAGCCUGCAGUGCUGUCAGGGGUUGGGGACCCUACUGAGUGACCUGGCUUUAUGUUCCUUGAUUCCUGGAAGGCAUCUAGGUAGUCUCUGAAAGGUCUCCUGGCAUGGGCUUCAUGGUUUCUUUGGUGUUGUUGAGGCUGUUUGU